AUGAGAAUAUAUAAGCCACCCAUUCCAUUUCCUCACAGAAUUGUAGAGACAAAGUUGAAUGAGAAGUUUUCAAAAUUUCUUGAAGUCAUGAGAGGACUUCAAGUGAACAUCCCCUUUCUUCAUGCUAUGUCACAAAUGCUUACCUAUGCAAAUUUUUUGAAGGAUCUUCUAUCCAACAAGAGUAGGCUUGAAGAGAGUGCAACCAUCUCCCUUCCUAAGGAGGUGAGUGCAAUCAUUCAAAAUAAGCUUCCCCAAAAGCUUGGUGACCCCGGUGGCUAUGCAAUACCGGUGAAUAUUGGAGAUUUGAAAGCUAUGGAUGCUUUGUGUGAUCUUGGGGCAAGUGUGAGCUUGAUGCCCUAUUCUAUUGCGAAGAUCUUGAAAGUUGGAGACUUGAAACCAACAAGAAUGUCCUUACAAUUAGCCAACCGCACGGUUACUCUACAUUUGGGGAUUCUUGAAGAUGUGCCGGUUCAAGUUGGAAGAGUAUUUGUGCCAUGUGAUUUUGUGGUAAUGGAGAUGGAAGAAGAUACAAGAGUACCCCUCAUUUUAGGUAAACCAUUUUUGAACAUCGCGGGAGUGGUGAUUGAUAUGAAGGAAGGAAGAAUGACUUUAAAAGUGGGAGAUGAGAAAAUUUCAUUUUCAUUCUCACAACCUAUAAAAAAGCCAUUGAUUAACGAGGUUCAUACAAUUGACACAUUGGAGAGGGACUUAGAAGAGUUCCGAGAAAGAUUGUAUGAAAGAGAUCCUUUACAAGCUACCCUAAUGGGAGGCUUAGUUGAGGAGGGUGGAGAAGCAAAGGGGUAUGAUCUUUUACUCAACCAACCUGUGGUCUACGAUGUGAUGAAAUUUGAAGUGCUUAACGUGGAAGCAAAAGAGGAGAGGACUACGCCUCCUCCUAAGGUUGAACUUAAACCCCUUCCCCCUUUACUUAAAUAUGCUUUUCUUGAAGAUAGUGAGAGUUAUUCCGUUAUUCUUAAUUCUAAGCUCGAUAACACCUCUCUUAAGAAACUCCUAGUUGUUUUAAGGGAGUAUAGAGAUGUCAUUGGGUACAAAAUUGAUGACAUUAAGGGGAUAAGUCCCACCAUAUGCAUGCAUAAAAUUCUACUUGAUGAUGAUCAUGCUUCCUUGAUUGAGCACCAAAGAAGGCUCAAUCCAAACAUGAAGGAAGUGGUGAAAAAAGAUGUUUUGAAACUUCUUGAAGCGGGCAUAAUCUACCCUAUCUUCGAUAGUAAGUGGGUUAGCCCGGUUCAAAUUGUUCCUAAAAAGGGAGGCAUGACCAUCAUAAAAAAUGAUAAGGGUGAGACCACUUCUACGAGGUCGCUCACCGGGUGGAGGAUGUGCAUUGAUUAUCGAAAAUUGAAUAAAUCCACUCGGAAAGACCACUUCCCAUUCCCCUUCAUUGAUCAAAUAUUGGAAAGACUAGCAUCACAUAGUCAUUAUUGCUUCUUGGAUGGAUACUCUGGAUUCUUCCAAAUCUCAAUCCAACCCGAUGACCAAGAAAAGACUACAUUCACAUGUCCAUUUGGCACCUUUGCAUAUCAAAUGAUGCCAUUUGAACUUUGUAAUGCACCUUCCAUAUUUCAAAGGUUGAAGGAGGCCUUGAUUUCGGCACCUAUCAUUCCACUCCCAAAUCCUUUCGAGCUCAUGUGUGAUGCUUCGGAUUUUGCCGUUGGGUCCGUUCUUGGACAAAGGAAGGACAAGAAGCUCCAUGCUAUUUAUUAUACUAGCAAAACAUUGGAUGAGGCACAAAGAAAUUACACAACCACGGAAAAGGAGUUUCUAGCCAUUGUUCAUGCAAUUGAGAAGUUUAGGUCAUACUUGUUGGGCUCUAAGGUCAUAGUAUUCACCGACCAUUCGGCGUUGAAGUACCUCUUGUCCAAGAAGGAACCUAAGCCAAGAUUGAUACGGUGGGUCUUGCUCUUGCAAGAUUAUGAUAUUGAUAUUAGAGACAAAAAGGAUGCCGAAAAUGGUGUGGCCGAUCAUCUUUCACGGUUGCCUAUCUUCGUAGGUGAUCUUGAUAACUUGCUAAUUGAUGAGUCAUUUCCGGGUAAUCAACUAUUUGCUAUCCUUUAA